AUGCAAUUUAUCAAGUAUUAUCGAAAAGCGCAGCAGCCUACUAUUGUAGGUUUGGCUGUUCUGUUAGUGAUGGGGCUGCUCACGGCGAUGGAUGUCCUGGCGGACCCGGACGUUGGCGUGAAGACGGCUUUGCCCCCGCGUAAAGACAGCCUUGAAAACACAAAGGGGUCCUUUGUCUGCCGUGCGUGUGUGGAGCUAUCGGAGAUCUUCCUCAACGACUCCCUUCCCUCCAUCCGAGAGCGCUACACGCGUUACAUCGGGAAGCCGCCCUCCUCGGCGGCGUCAACGGGGGAGAAUAUCGGUGGCGCGUAUUCCGCCGCGCAGGUGCGUGGCGCCCGGCAGCGCAUGGCAGUGGAGCUGCACGACGGCAUUGAUGGUCUCUGUGAUCGGCUUAGGGAGAAGCAUUCGAGUCUGCAAGUCAAGACCCCUGAGGGCGUUCAGGCGGGGCUGGGCGGCGGUCUGGAGGUGUUUCGGAGGGGGAUCCGAUCCGUCUGCGAGGACACGCUCGAGGAGAUCAGCGACGCGUUUUUGACGGCCGCACUUCAGGUCCUCCUGCCGGGCGCGAGUUCAGGCGGUGCGGAACCUCAGGCGCACGAGUUGCCCAGGGCAAGCGCUUUCUGCGAGGCGCAGCAGUUAUGCCAUCCGUACCACUAUACUAUGUGGGAACGGAUGGAGAACGUGAAUCCCACCGGAGGCCAUGUGGGGGGGAAUCUGCCGCUAGAUGACGAUAUCCUCCCUGGGAGUGUUGCGUUAUGGCGACGCCUGCGCGAUUUCCUGCGCGAUUUAUGGAAUGGGCAGCAAGCUCUAGGUGGUAUCUUGCGGAAGGGUAUCGAUGUGUUUAAUGAUUGGUUUUCCCGUCAGCGGAGGUCACUUUUUGGGGAUGAUAAUCAAUUUCAUAUGAAUUCGCUUUAG